UCACGCUUAUGGAAGCGUUCUUCGUCUCCUAGCAGCUUCAUAUAUAUUGCUUUCCUCGGUUUGUGAUCAUAAUCAUUUAUAAAUAUUGGAUGGGUCUCCAGGACGUUUUAAUCGGAAGAAGGCUUGUGAUUUGUUUGUAUGCUUUUGACAGAAGGAUCACAUAAACAUCACUCGUGAUUUGCUCGCCAUAAGGUCAACAUUUGGAAUAAUUUCCUCAAUUAGGCCUCUCUUUGACUGCACGGAGCUUUUUAUCUGUCCUGUGUGGAAAGGAUACGCUGAAGAAGAUAAAUUACGAAAGGAAAUUUGAUUUAUGUGGCGUUAAACAUAACAAUAUAUCCACGUUGUGAUGGACUGGAGCGACGAUUGUACUUUCACUCAGUAAUUAGUAAGGCGCGAGAUACAAAACUGUUUACAAAUAAGCGUUUGAAAGUUUCAUCAGGAUUCUCGUUUACAACGACUUGAACACAGGAUUAUGUCUUAUAUUCCUCCGCCGACACCCACCUUCGAAAAAGACAGGAUAAGAGCGUUAAAAAAUGAGCGAAUUAAUUCUCAAAAGAAAACUUUCACAAAGUGGGUCAAUUCCUUUCUUGACAAGCACAAUAGCCAUGUAGAUGACCUCUUCACAGACUUAAGUGAUGGCAAAAUAUUAAUUUCUCUUCUUGAGAUUAUUUCUGGUGAAAAACUGGGAAAAAUAGCUCGUGGAAAACUGAGGGUGCAUAAGAUUGAAAAUGUGAACAAAGCCCUUGAAUUUUUACAGCGCUCAGUAAAACUUGAAAGUAUUGGAGCAGAAGAUAUCGUGGAUGGCAAUGAACGAUUAAUCCUGGCUGUGAUUUGGAUGAUUAUUCUCAGAUUCCAAAUCGCAGAUAUCUCAUAUCAGGAUGAAAUGUCUCAGGAGAAAAAGUCUGCCAAAGAGGCCUUGCUGCUUUGGUGUCAAAGAAUGACAAGAGGGUAUUCUGGAGUUGAUGUUCAAAAUUUCACCACAAGCUGGAGAAAUGGACUGGCUUUUAAUGCUCUCAUUCAUAAACACAGACCUGACAUGAUCAACUAUAGUGCCCUACGCCCCAGCCAGCAUGAGGCAAACUUGAACAAUGCUUUUAAUGUUGCUGAGGAGAGUUUAGGAAUUGCCAAACUAUUGGAUGCAGAAGACGUGGACUGCCCACGGCCUGAUGAGAAGUCCAUCAUGACAUAUGUGUCACUGUAUUAUCAAUAUUUUGCCAAAAUGAAGACAGAAGAGACAGGAGGUAGACGUAUUGCAAAGAUCCUCGGGAUCUUAAUGGAGGUGGAAAAGAUGGAAAAGGCAUACGAAGAGAUGGUGUCAGACUUGUUAAACUGGCUUAACACCAAGAUUGUAGAGCUUGGCCGGGCAUUCCAGAAGUCUAUGGUAGCAGUUCAGAGGGAAAUGGCAUUAUUUAAGCAUUUCAGAACAGUUGAAAAGCCUCCAAAUAUUAAAAAUACCGAUAUCCUCGGGAUCUUAAUGGAGGUGGAAAAGAUGGAAAAGGCAUACGAAGAGAUGGUGUCAGACUUGUUAAACUGGCUUAACACCAAGAUUGUAGAGCUUGGCCGGGCAUUCCAGAAGUCUAUGGUAGCAGUUCAGAGGGAAAUGGCAUUAUUUAAGCAUUUCAGAACAGUUGAAAAGCCUCCAAAAUACUCAGAACGAGUGAAUAUUGAAGCCCACCUAUUCAGCUUACAAACGAAACGAAAGGGUAACAAUCAACAACCUUACAUACCCCCUGAAGGUAAAUUGGUGAUGGACAUCAACAGAGCGUGGCAGGUCAUGGAGAGUGCUGAACAUGACAGAGAAAUGGCGCUGCGUCAGGAAUUGAUAAGGCAGGAGAUGCUUGAAAAACUAGCUGACAAAUUUGAAAGGAAGGCUUCUCUGCGUGAGUCUUGGUUGGAUGAUAUGAUGCAUGUUCUGGAAGGAGAAGCUUUGGGUCAAGAUGCAGCUACUGUAGAAGCAGCCUUUAAGCGACACGAAGCCAUCAGUACUGACGUCAAGGCCAGGGAAGAACGUUUCCAGAUGGUCUUUGAUCUGGCCCAAGAACUGAUUGAUGAAGACUACCACAGAUCUGAUGUCAUCAGUGCGAGAGAGGAGGUUAUAAUGACCAAGUGGGACAAACUGAUUGGCAUGUUAGAGGCAAAGCGUUCAACUCUGGUGGGUUUUAAGGAUCUUGUUGGUCUGUUCAGAGAGAUGGAUGGUGCACACGGUGACAUGCAGGAUAUUGAGGCGGCUGUGAGAUCUGAGGAGUAUGGCAAGCAUCUGUUAGAUGUGGAAAAUCUUCUCCACAAGCACAGUUUGAUUGAAUCGCAAAUUCAAUCUCAAGGGGAAAGUGUUCAGAGAAUCAACAACGUGGCGCAGAGGUUUAUCAAAGCAAAGCAUCCAGAAAGUCGGGUCAUUAAAGAAAGACAAUCACUCCUUACACAAGCUUUUGAGGCGUUAAUUCAGCUGGGAAAGGAACGUCGCGCAAGGCUUGAAGAUUCUUUGAGACUUUACAAAUUCUUUGGAGACAUGGAGGAGGAAGAAAUGUUUGUUAAAGAAACCGAAAAAGUUCUCUCAUCAAAAGAUGUUGGAAAGGAUCUGAUAAGCUUGACAAGACUCCAACAGAAGCACAAGGCUCUGGAAGCUGAGUUAAGUGGCCGUUUUGCGCAUUGUGAGACAGUAUGUGCUAAAGGACAGUCGCUCGUUGACAGAGCUCACUACGCUUCUAAAGAGAUCAGAGCAAAGAUCAAACAGCUGCAGAACAACUGGAUGAAACUAAGAGAACUGUUAAUCACAAGGUCAGAGAGAUUAAAGGAUGCCGCGCAAUCACUGCAGUAUUACUCAGAUUCUAAUGACGCGGAAUCUUGGAUGAAGGAGAAAAUGUACGUUGCGAGUAGUGAAGAUUAUGGUAGAGACGAACAGAGUGCAAUGUCCCUGCUGCAGAGACACACGAACGUGAUAGACGAGAUUCAAGGCUUUGCUGAUGACAUGAAUCGUUUGAGGGAACAAAGUAAACUGAUGGAGAGCAACGAACAGGCGGCUCAGACGAAGGUGGAACUUUAUGAAGAGGAAACUGAGGUGGAGACAGACGAAGAAGUUGAGGAAAUUGUCGAAAAAGAAGUUGUGAAAGAUGUUGUACAGGAAGUUAAAGUCCCGCAAGUAAAAGCUUUGCACCCAUUUGCCGGACAAGGGCUUAAAAUGACUAGAGGAGAGGUAUUCUUCUUGAUUUCUAAGACGAACAAAGACUGGUGGAGUGUAAGGCGUCUGACCUCUAAAGAAGCAGGUUACGUUCCUGCUAACUACGUGAAGGAGAUUGAAGCCAGAACAGUGAAGAAAACUACCAAACAAAAGGUUAUCGUUCCAGAGAAGGUCUUGGUAAAACGAAGAGUGAAGAAAAAAGUCAUGAUUCAAAAGCAACGAGAAGUGAAAGUCAAAACUCCUGAAAAGAAAGGUAAAUCUCGCCGACAAGUUAGACGCCAUUUCACGGCCCAUUUCGAUCGCGACAACGUUGCAACGCGUCAGAUCUCACUGCAGAAUAUGUACUCAAGACUGGUGGACAUGGCCGAGAUUCGACGUGAGAAUCUGGAGAACUCUAUCAAGUAUUUUCACCUCUGUCAUGAAUGUGAUGAUAUCGAGUUUUGGAUGAAAAACAAGGAAAGUCAGCUCACUUACAAAGGUGCGUCUGAAUCAGACAACGACAUUCAUGUCAUCCGCAAAAAUCUCGAGGGUCUCACAACAGAGCUAACCGCCAACAACAGCCGUAUAGCUGAGAUAAAUUCGCUGGCGGACCAACUGAUAGACACGGAUCAUAGGCAUUCGGCUGCAGUGAAGAAGAGGAGGAAAGACAUCAACGACAUGUGGGAAAAUCUUCAGCGGUUAAAAAAAGCUAAAGAAGAGGAGCUACGAGAAAAACAUGGGGUCGAGUUGUUCUUUGACUCUUGUGAAGAGAUGAAGUCGUGGAUUCAAGAGAAGGAUGCUAUUUUAUCCGAUGGAGAUGUCGGGAGAGAUUUGGAGACUGUCAGAGCCUUACAGAGGAGACACCAAGGUUUCGAAAGAGAUCUCGCUGCAGUGGAAGAAAAACUUGUAAAGUUACAGGACCAAGCGAAAUCCCUUGUCUCCCAUCACCCUCGCCAAGCUCGCCAGAUCAAAGCAAAGGAAGCGGAGAUUAUUGGAUUGUGGAAUGGUUUGAAGGGCAAAGCAAGCAAAAGAAAAAAUGUCCUGGAUGAAGCUUACGGUCAGCAGGGCUUCCUUGCUGAUUCAAGAGAUCUGUUGUCUUGGGCCUCAGACAUGCGCAACUCACUUAGAAUUGGAGACACACCUAAAGACGUGAACAGCGCCAAGCAACUUAUUCAAGAACAUGAAGAAAAGUGGGAAGACAUUCAAACACACAACGACAGAUUUGACCAGUUAGUAGAAUAUGGUCAGCGGAUGGUCGCCUCAAACCCACGAGUGAGACAGCUAAAAGACAGAGUAGCGGCUCUGAAGAAAGAGAAGGAAGCACUGAAGGACACUUGGAUUGAAAGAAAUGAGGCACUACAUGAAGGCCAAGAUUUGCAGGCGUUCAUCCGAGAUGCGGAAUACGUAGAUUCCUUGUCAGCUUCUCAUGAGGCAUUUCUGUCUAAUGAUGAUCUCGGGGAUUCUGUGGAUGAUGUACUAAUGCUUCUGAAACAACAUGACAAUUUGGAGAAGACGCUGAUAGCACAGGAUGAGAAGCUGCACUCGUUAAAUGAUAUGGCGAACAGCCUCGUGACAACUGGUCACCGCGACAGACAAUGGAUUUCAAAACGCAAAGAAGAAGUCCUCAAAAGAAGACAGAGUGUCAAACAACUAGCUGUUAAGAGACGACAAGCUUUACUGCAAUCUCAACUGCUUCAGAACUUCAAAAGAGAUACACAAGAGUUUGAGGCUUGGAUUCAAGAAAAACUGCAGAUCGCCACCGACGAAUCUUUCAGAGAUUUGACCAACAUACAAAGAAAACUUCAGAGACAUCAGGCAUUCGAAGCCGAAAUUGCGGCUAACAAAGGUGGCUUCGACAGCGUUAAUGUGAGUGGGAAAAAGUUGAUUCGCGAAGGACAUUAUGGUUCCAAAGAAAUUAAGGACUUUCUAGGAAGGUUAAAUGAAGGUUGGAGCGAGCUUGUUGGCAGGUCCGCCGAUAAAGGUUCCAGGCUACAGCAGGCUCAGCAGCAGCAACAAUUCAACCGAGCUAUGGAAGAUGUCAAGGUUUGGAUGAAUGAAGUUGAAACGCUAAUGUCCCUUGAAGACUUGGGCCAUGACUUGUCUAGUGUCAAGUUCCUCCUCAAGAAACACCAAGGAGUGGAGACUGAUAUCGAAGUUCAUGAUGCUCAGAUCCAGGCCCUUUGCGACCAAGCUCAAGUCUUGAUUGAAGAUGGUCAUUUUGAUGCGGGCAAGAUUGAGCAGGCAACGGAGAAUAUAUUGCAAAGAUUUGACGAACUGAAAGAACUUUCCUCUAAUCGUCAGUCGCAACUUGAAGACUCGCUCGGUCUUCACCAGUUCUUUUAUGACAUUGAAAUGGAAAUGGCCUGGAUAAGAGAGCACUUGACUAUGGCAACCUCGGAGGACCUGGGUACGAGCUUAAUUGGAGUUAAAAGACUACAGAAAAGACACUUGGCACUGGAAAAUGAACUCUCCAACCAUCAAUUUCGUAUCGACACUGUGUUAACUUCCGGUCAGGAUUUGAUCGACAGCAAUCAUUACGCAGCCGAUGAAAUAGAAGAAAGAUGCGAGGAACUGAAUGAGAGUUGGGAAUCACUCUUGAGGGCUGCUGCUGAGCGGAAACAAAAACUUGGAGAUGCUUUGGAAUCGCAGAAGUACUUUACAGAAGCAAAUGAAGCGGACUCUUGGAUGAAUGACAAGGCUGGCCUGGCAGCCAAUCAGGAUUACGGAAAGGACGAGCUAUCCGCCGAAAAGCUGCUUACCAGGCACACUGCCUUGCAAACAGCAGUAGAUACCUAUAGUCCGAUCAUCCAAGGUCUGGCCGAGCAGGCGAAGAAACUAGUGCAGAGUGGUCACUUUGCGGCUGAAAAUAUUGCCUCAAGACAGCGUGACAUAGAGGAACAGUUUUUAGGGCUGCAGACGCUGACCAAUACGCGCCUUCAAAGACUGGAAGAGUCCAAGAAACUGCAUCAGUACCUGCGUGAAGUAAAUGAAACCUCUGAGUGGAUUACGGAACAGCUUCAUGUUGCUGCGGCUGAGGAUUAUGGGAAGGAUUUUGAGCAUUUAGAGGUGAUUCAAGGUAAAUUUGAGGAUUUUCAACGGAGUGUCGUGGCUAAAGCUGAACGAUUUAGCGAGGUGGACAAUUUUGCCAAGCGUCUGGUGGCUGAAGGACACACUGACACGGUGAUCAUCAAAGAACAACAAGAUAUUCUGAGAUCAAUGUGGGCUCAACUUCAGGAUCAAAUCAAGAUCCGCACCAAGCGACUCGCUAGCGCCGCAGAGAUUCACGGGUUUAACAGAGACUUGAACGAACUGAUCACUCGUCUCCAGGAGAAAGAUUCCUCGCUCUCCAUGGAGGACCUGGGCCGAGACAUGGCUAGCGUCCAGGGCCUUCACCGGAAGCACGAGGGACACGAAAGAGACUUGGUUGUGGUGCAGCAACAAGUUGACACCUUAACAGCCGAGUCAGGAAAAUUGCAAGCUGCAUAUCAAGGCCACACAGCUGAAAGUAUUAAAAAACAUGAAGAAUUUGUUCUGAGUUUGUGGGAUGAGCUGAAAAGAAAAACAUCCCGGAAGAAAUGCAAGCUGCAAGAUUCAAGCGAUUUUCACAAGCUUAACAACGAGAUCCGGGACCUCGUGUCAUGGUGCAUUGAUAUGAGCCGUACCAUCUCAUCUGGUGAACCAGUGCAUGACGUAGUAGAUGCCCAGGCUCAGUUGAGAAGGAUCGAGGAGCAUCGCGCUGAGAUGGGGGCGCGAGAGGAAGGAUUCCAAAAAGUCAUGGAGAUUGGCGAGAGAAUGGUUGACAAUGGCCACUUUGCAGCAGACGAGAUUGCAGAAAAGUUGGAGCUGCUACUUACCGAACGUGAAAGUUUGUACGCAACAUGGGAAGAUAACAAAACAGAACUCGACCAAGCAUACGACCUGCAGGUGUUUCUAAGAGAAGCGAAACAAAUCGAUACCUUAACGAGCACACAAGAGGUUGUUCUCGCAGGAGCAGAACUGGGAAGUAGCGUGGACGAAGUUGAUUCGUUACUUAGGAAACACGAAAACACGGAGAAGCUUGUUGCCACACAGGAUGAGAAAGUAGCAAAUCUUUGUGAAUUUGGAGACACUUUGAUAGCGAACAGCCACAACGAAUCUGACAAAAUACAGGAUAGAGUUCGUGCGGUAUGCGAACGGAGAAACAAACUAAAUGAAGAGCUGCUGAAAAGAAAGCACAAAUUGGAGGAUUCGAGAAAGAUAGCGCAGUUUUAUCAAGACGUUGUUGAGGCCGAAUCUUGGAUAACCGAGAAGCUCCAAACUGCCAGCGAUGACAGUUACAAAGACCCAGCUAAUUUAGAAACUAAGCUACAGAAGAACAAGGCUUUUGAAGCAGAGCUCACUGCACACGAGGAAGCCAUUGACGCUGUUCGGGAAACUGGUGAGGAACUUAUGAUAUCCGGGCACUUUGCGGCUGACGAAGUGGAACGCCGAAUCGAGGCUCUGUAUCUUCACUGGGAAGAACUCUUGGAGGCAUCAGCCAAUAAGGGAAAGAGAUUAGAGGAGGCCAGGGAUCAUCAAAAAUUUACCCAAGAAGUCCACUUAGCUGAUUCUUGUAUCAGCGAAAAGGCUGUGAUACUUUCCAGUGAUGAUUACGGCCGUGACCUGCCUGGGGUCGAGGCUCUGUUGAGGAAACACGACGACCUGGAACGAGACUUGACAGUCAUUGAAGGCAAAAUGGAGGUACUCGAAGGUGAGGCUCGUCGACUGGCUAGGUCCCAGCCUCACACGGUGGCAACUAUUCAGGAGAAGCAGAAAGAAAUUAUAGAAAACUGGGAACGACUAAAUGACUUGUUUGAUGAAAGGAAAGGUAAACUGGAGGCUAACCGACUCCUACAAAUUUUUCAAAUGGAUUACCGCGACUUGAUGGCGUGGAUGACAGACCUAGCCACGCGAAUUACAUCCGGGGAAGCCGCCAAGAAUGUCAGAGAAGCGGAAGCGUUGCUCGAACUACAUACAGAGAGAAAGGGUGUAAUCGAGGCUCGGCUGGAGUCGUUCAACAGUGCGCAUGCGUUUGGCCUCAGUUUGGUGGACCAGGGACACUUUGCAGCAGAAGAGAUUGCUGAGAACUGUGAGGAAAUGAGUCUUGUGAAAGACGAGUUGUUGGAGUCUUGGGAAGAGAGACAAAUAGAGUUAUCACAGUCUUUUGAAUUACAGCUAUUUCUACGGGAUGCGGAUCAAGCAGACUCAUGGAUUUCAGCCAAAGAAGCGUUUUUACAGGCAGAAGAAUCAAGCGACAGUUUGGACACAGUGGAGACGCUGCUUAAGAAUCAGCUUAACUUCGAAAGAUCUCUGACAGCCUACGAAGAGAAGAUCAAAUCUAUACAACAGUCCGCUGACCAACUUAUACAGGAGGAGCACGUGGAUUCGGGCCAGAUCGGCAAAAGAUGCAGAGAAGUGUUGGAAAACUGGGAACGACUCAAAACGUUGGCCACUGCAAAGAUUGGAGAUCUUGGUGAAUCAAGGAAGUUGUUUCAAUUUCUUAGGGAUGCCGAGGAGAUUGAAUCGUGGAUAAACGAGAAACUACAAACAGCUUCUGAGGCAUCUUACAGAGAAACAUCCAAUCUACUUCAGAAACAACAAAAACAUCAAACUUUUGAAGCCGAAUUAGCUGCGAACAAAGGUCAGCUUGACAACGUGCUUCGCGCUGGACAGACUCUGUUGGAAACUACACCUCAAUCACGUGAAACAGUGGAAACGAGGCUGAAGGAUGUCAACGAGUUGUGGAAGCUUUUGGGUGAUAUGUCGAGUAGUAAGGGUCAGCGGUUAAAGGAAGCCAUUCAAAGGCAGACGUUCGAGAAGAACGUUGGAGACUUGGAAACGUGGAUCAACGAGGUUGGAAAUACUUUGGCAUCAAAAGAUUUCGGUAAAGACGUAAAGAGUGCUAACAAUCUUAUCAAGAAGCAUCAGUUACUCGAAGCAGACGUUACAUCUCGCAAGGAAAGAGUUACAGCGAUAUUGAAUCAGGCGACAGAGUUUGUGGAGGCAGAUCAUUUUGAGAAGGAUGAAAUUGAAGACAGGGCGAAAGCAGUUGCGGAAAGAUUUAAGCGCCUUUCUGAGCCAGCUGAAGCACGAAGAAAGAAACUGCAAGAUUCACUUGCACUUCAGCAGUUCCUCUCUAAUGUGGAAGAAGAGCUGGCCUGGAUACGAGAUGAGGAACCACUGGUCAAGUCGGAUGACUUAGGGCGCACCCUCAUCGGAGUUCAAAAUCUUAUUAAGAAACAAGAGACAGUGGACUCAGAGAUCACUGCGCAUGAACAGCUGAUAAACACUGUGAUGUCUACCGCUGACCAGCUAAUGGAGCGUGAGCAUUAUGCUUCUGACGAGAUCGAGGCUCGCUGUGCUGACUUGCAAGGGAAAUGGGCCGAGCUGACGAGUUUGUCAGCAACACGUCAUCAGAAUCUUCAGGAAUCCCUUCAGGCUCAGCAGUUCUACACGGAGGUUACUGAAGUGGAGACCUGGAUUCGAGAAAAGUUGCCACGAGUGUCCAGCGAUGACUAUGGCCGGGACGAAACUACAGCUCAGUCCCUGCUGCGUAGACAUGAGACUCUUGAACUGGAAUUAGACAGUUAUAGGGCAAAAGUCGGUGAUCUCAGAAACAUGUGCCAGGCGCUGGUAACGGCUGGGAAUUUCGACGCUGAAAAGAUUCGACGCCGUCAGUCGGAGAUGGAGACUCGUUUUGAACAACUGAGCGAAAAAUCCUCGUAUCGUCGUCAGCGCUUAUUAGACUCCAACCAGCUGUUCAACUUUUUCCGAGACGCCGACGAAGUUGAGUCUUGGAUUGCCGACAAGGAGUCGAUUGCCAUGUCCGAUGACUACGGUCGCGAUCUUGAGCAUGUGGAAACCUUGCUCAAGAAGUUUGAAGACUUCACACGUGACCUGGUGACGUCAGGGGAGAGGAUUGCUAGCCUUACUGCGCAAGCGCAAACUCUGCUGGACGAGGGUCACAGCGAAGGAGACGCAAUAGAGAACCGCAUGGAGGAGGUUUGUUCCAUGUGGGACACAUUGAAGGAUAGAACCAACGCACGGCUCGAGGCACUGGACCGAGCGAGAGAGAUCCACGCCUUCAAUAGAAAUGUCGAAGAUACGAGGGCCUGGAUCCAAGAGAAAGAAGCAGCUCUUAUGUUCUUUGACGAUGGGGCACGUGAUCUGAGUGGUGUCCAGGCCUUGCAGAGGAAGCAUCAGGGCUUUCAAUUGGAUCUAAAGGCCCUCGGAGAAAAAGUUCAAUUAAUCGCAAACGAAGCAGAGGAGCUUGUUUCCAAGUUCCCUGAGGGACAGGAACAUCUUACAGAACAAAGGGACGAGGUUUUGUCAACAUGGCAUCGCUUGCAGGAGAAAGCCAGCAGUAAAAAAUCCAACUUGACCCAAUCUGAGAAGCUGCAGAAGUUUUUAAAUGACUUCAGAGAUCUCAUGUCCUGGAUCAACCAUAUGUCAUCUGUCCUCAAAGACGACGAACAACCUGAUGACGUUACGAGAGCAGAAAACUUUCUAGCUCGUCACCAGGAGCACAAGGCCGAGAUAGACACGCGGCAAAAGAGUGUGAAUGAAUUCUUUGAAGCUGCUGAUACUCUCAUCGCCGACGGUCAUUCAGCGUCUGCAGAUGUUAAGGAAAAGAAGCAGCGGCUUCAUAAGGAGUGGUUGGUGUUGCAAAACACAUGGCGGGAGAGAGGCACAGAAUUGGAACGAGGUAAAGAAGUGCAGGUCUUCAAACGAGAUGCUGACCAAUUAGAGGCUUGGCUUAAUGCACGUGACCUUGAUCAGGAGUCCGGUGACCUGGGCGACUCAUUGGAUGCUGUGGAAGAAUUGAUAAAGAAACACGAGGAGUUUGAGAACAUGGUGCUCGCGCAGGAGAUGAAGUUGUUGGGAAUUAUAAAACUGACUCCACAAGAGCAAGGAAUACAUAAACAGAAGGAAGAAGAGAAAGAGAAACGGAAGAGAGAAGAGGAAGAAGAAAGAAUAGAACGGGAACUGAGGGAAAAGAAAAGACAGGAAGAAUUGAGGCGAAAAGAAGAAAGUGAUCGCAAAGAAAAAGAAAAUAAACAACGGGAGGAAAGGGAAAAAUUAUGGGCUUUGGAGGAGAGAAAAAGAGCUGAAGAAAAAGCGAAAUUAGAAGAGGAAAUGAAGCAGGAAGCGCAAAGACAGCGGGGAAUUCCAGAGGAACAAAGGAUGCAAGGAAAACAUAAGAACGUACGUGAUCCCUACGACAAAAAUCAAAACUACAAACAGUCACUUCCGGUUGGUAGUCCAAAAGAUGAGCGCCAGGCUUCCUCAACGUCAGUUAUUGAGGGAAUCUUGCAGCGCAAACAGGAAUUUGAACCGGGUGGGAAAAAGUCGUCUUCACGUGCAUGGAAGACGCUGUACACUGCAUUACGCGGGCACCAGCUUUUCUUUUAUCACGAAAAGAAGGACUCGCAGAGUUCAAACUAUUCUGCCCCUCUUAUUGACGUGAGAGAUGGCUUCUGCGAGGAAGCUAGCGAUGCUGCCAGAAGGGGGAACGCUUUUAGAGUCCUCUGUGAUGACGACUCUGACUAUCUCUUUGUAGCCAAAGAUCCUUCCGAUCUAAACCGCUGGCUCCAAUGCAUUAGCGAAGCGGCUGGCCAAACUGAUCUUCCCAUUCCACCUCCGUCACCUCAAGGUGCACGGCCAACAAGUCCAAAGUCUCCACCACAAACCAAAAGAGUAGACGGCCCGGAGUCUUCGACGGGGAUGCAACCUUACGGCCGAACUCUUAAACCAUUAAUCACCGUUACGAGCUUCGAUGACGACGAGGACGUCCUUAUCGAUCCCCCUCCCCCUCCCCUUGUUAAUAUACCCCCUCCCUCUAUUCCCUCAGACUUUUCUAACAAUGAUGCACCUGUAGACGCCAAGGAUUUAGAGAGUCUUUCAUUGGAGCCUGAUGAUCCCCCAACGGUGCCUCCCCCGGAUUUCUCUGACUUUGACAGCCCAUCCGAUGACGAGCUUCCUGUUUUGCCGACAUCACCUCCCCCAGAGUUUCUUUCUGACGAUGAGCAUGCUUUUGAUAACGACUUGGAAGAUUCUUCUCCUGCUUACAUACCUUCAUCAAUGCAUCAUUCUGUCUCAUCUCCUAAGGAGAAGACAAGACCGACCCCUCCCCCAGUGGCACCCAAGCCGGAGGGGCGCCCGCGAUCAGAUUCUAAUGACUCGCUCCAAAAAGGUCCAAAACCUGCCAUCAAACCUAAACCCACUUUUGAUAGAACUCAUUGGUAUGGACAGCGGUCAUCAGAUAGUGGGCAUGCUCUAAACAUUGCCAGCCCUCUACGGUCAACGAUACACAGCGCUGAAAGUGCGCCUGACGACAAAAGGAACGAGAAGAGGAAAGGUGUUUUGGGAAACAUUUUCAAGAGGAAAAAGUAAAACAUGAUGGAAAUCAGCUUUUGAAAAUAGGAAUUAGCUCUUGCAGAAGUAUUGAGAGUUACUAGAAGUGAAGGGUGCAUUUUUAAUUUAACUGCCACACAUAUUCUCAUUUCAACUGAAUCUUUAGAGGAAUUUUUAGGUUAUUGUUUUGAACCAAUAGUCCAUUUUACAGUUGUGUGCUUGGUUCUCAAGCCUUUGAAUGGGAGUGAGGCUAGGGGUGAC